AUGCAUAUUGCGACCUCACUACAGUUUGGAAAAGGACCACGAAAGGUUUUGAAGCGUGCUUGGGAACGUCCACCGUUUAUGGUUGCAAAACGGAAUGCCCGAGAACGGACACGAGUUCAUGCUGUUAAUCAGGCCUUUGUUGCGUUGAAAUUUCAUCUCCCUGCAAUACGAUCCAAUGCAAAACGCGUAUCGAAAUUGAAAAUUCUGAGGGCAGCUAUUAAUUACAUUGCUGCGCUGACCGAUUUACUUCGCGGAAAUGCAGAUUUUUCGAAGCUUAAUGCGUCAAGUUACUACUGCGAUGAUAACAUAAAUGUCCCAUUUCGCUCUAGGCGAGAAAAUCAACUAUCAAAUAAGGAUAAUGUGAAGAGAGAAGAACUACAACAACGUCAACAAUGCAUCAUACCUCAAAACAUCUAUGAUACUACUCAAUGUUACAAUAAGCAGUAUUGGCUUGUUGACUAUUCUCUAUCAAAUUAA